CAGACAACACAGCAGCAAUGCAGCAUGCUAGCUGGCGCUAGCCAACAAUCAAUGUUGUUGCCCUGCAAAAAAAAAAAAAAAAAGAAUUUGAAAGUAACCAUAUCUUGCCACCACGAAAAGUAGAGUUUAUAGAUAAAUCUUUUCAUUCUCGUCACGUGUCAGACCUUCUGACAUCAUCUUUGAAUCAAAUUACUGCGUGAAGUCUCGAAGAAAGACCUACAAACAUGGUUUUUUCACCCAAGGUUGAACUGCAUGUUCAUUUAGAUGGUGCCUUAAAACAUGAAACAGCUUGGGAACUACUAAAGAAAAAGAACUUGCCGCUGCCUGGAAAUGGUACUUACGAAGAAUUUCUUGAGUCUGUAAUAGUUAAAGAACCAGACAGCUUGAUGACUUUUCUUCGGGGAUUUGGCAUCUUUCUCCCAGCAGUCAUAGGGGAUUUGGAAGCCAUUGAAAGAAUGAGUUAUGAAUUUUGUGAAUGCUCAGCUGAACAAGGGGUUAUUUAUGUAGAAGCAAGAUACUGUCCCUUCCUGCUUAUGCCAGAUAGCUUCAACCAAGCCAAUUUUCUAAGUCACAGCACUGGAAGUGAAGAUUCUAUUAACAGCAAACAAAUUUCAGUACAAGAAGUAGUUGAAGCAACAAUUAAAGGUUUUCAGAGAGGUGAAAAAGAUUUUGGAAUCAUUGCCAGAACAAUUUUGUGCUGCAUUAGAGGUAAACCUGAAUGGUCCCAAGAUAUUCUUGAUCUUUGCAUCCAUUUCAAAGAUCAAGGGGUUGUAGGAAUUGAUAUAGCUGGUGACGAAGCAGGUGAAACUCCAAUUGCAGGAGAGGAAUCAGAGCUUCGAAUGCUCGACAAAGAAGAUAUUGUUGUAUUUGAAAAAGCAGCUGAGCUUGGCAUACACCGAACGGUUCACGCUGGUGAAGCUGGUCCAGCACAAAUGGUGUGGAAGGCAUUGACUGUCAUGAAAGCGGAAAGGAUUGGCCACGGUUAUCGUGUUUUGGAAGACGAGUCGAUAUAUCGCCACUGCUUGGAUAAUGACGUUCAUUUCGAGUGCUGCCCAACGUCCAGUCUUCUGACAGGUAGUGUCUCGAUGAAUGGUGGAAAACCGCAUCCUAUAACGCGUUUUGCACAAGACGGAGCCUCCUUUUCCAUAAACACUGAUGAUCCCACAGUAACAAACACCAAUUUAAGCGACGAAUACGUACUGUGUGCACAGUGGGGAUUAACUCUUGCACAAUUGCAAAAAUCGAAUAUCAACGCAAUGAAAAAUUCGUUUGCUGAGCCAGACGUAAAAAAAGCAGUUUUGGAGAAACUCUACAAUGCAUAUGGUAUAAAUUAACUAAUUUAAACAUUUAAAGAAAAAAGGCUACAAUAAUCCAAAUUGAAACCAAAUGUUAUUCAGUGCAACAAUACAAAUUUUGGGUCAAUUGUAA